GGACUGUCUGAGGCAGUUCACACUUAUUCUUCACUACGCAAAGAAGCUUCGUCUCGGAGAGGAGUGCCUUUACAGUUUGCCUUGUUUUGCUGAAGAGAGAACCAAUUCGGGAAUGAAGCUGAUCCUGCUCCUCGCUGUCUCCUGCCUCGCCUUACACAACGGGACGGGAGCGCCACGGACGGCUGUCUAUAAGUUUGUGAGAUGUAAUCCCGAGGGCGACCAGUCCAACUGUGUGACUCAACAAAGUCAAGAGAUGCCAUGGAGCCCCGACCUACCGAGCAAACUGCCGGCAUCUGCUGCAGAUAGCCUAGGGGCAGAGCCUGUCGAGGAGGAGGAGGAAACAUCUAUGCCCUUUGAAAAGCUGGAGCUCCCUGGGUUCCUGCCUGAGGAAGGCUCCGGUGUUUAUGAAGGUUCUGGCUGGGACUUUGUGGCAGACAAGGCAGUUGAGACGGGCUCUGGUGAGCAAGAUAUAAGCUUCUUUAGGAGCGGUGAAAAGCCCGGAGAGACGGAGCUCAAAGAAGACGACCUUCUGCAGCUGUAGACUGCACACACCCACUCACAGACACAUAAUCAAGGCCAGCAUCUAUUUUAAUUCUAUCCUGUUAACCUUAGCAUCACCACCUGCUGAUCUUGGUCACCCAGAGACUGAUAAUGACCAAAUAUAUAUUUUGUAAACUGAUGGAAACUAUUUUUUUUCAGGGGCAAAAGAACAACUGUAAACAAUGUAAAAAUUGAUACUAAAGUCAAAGAUCGGUCUGCAUAAAAGAGCCAAUGGACCAACAAGUUCCUUUUUAUUCAGUCUAAGUUGGCAGUGACCUUUAUGGGCUUUCUUUUGGAAAAACUGUUGUAAUAUGCUUUUUUUUUAAAUGUAAAUUAAAAUAUGCUUUAAAAUAAUUGUAAUACCGGUGCAAUAAGAUGGUGCCUUUGUCCAUUCAUUGCUAACACUUUUUUUGUUUGUUUUUUUUGGAGCUAUAAGGGAUGUUCUUUUCAGGAACACAAAAACAAAGACUUGUUUCAUCCAUUUGUCUCAAAUGUUGUGACACUCAACACCUACCCAAGUGACUUACGCAAUGUAUAAUUAUUACAGAGCUGAAUAAAAGAAUUUUACCAGAACCCCUCAGAAAUAUGUUCACACACAACAUACUCAUGUACAAUGAACUUGCAUUUCAACACGCCCUGCGUUGUCUAAUUUGCAUUUGUAAUACUUCAGUCAAUAAAGGAUUUGUAACAAGA